UUAGUCAAAAUAUGUUUUUUUCUAUAAAUUUUAUGAAAACGCCUUUUAAUCUCGAAAUUUAAGUGUUUUAUUGUGCAAAUACCUUAAAGCGGGAGCAAGAGUAACCAAAGCGCGAGAAAGAUGGCAAAGAAAAAACCGAAAAGAAAAUCUGCCGGAAAAGGAAAUAAAGCAGCAAAAAUUGAAAAAGAAUACACCAUUUUAACGAUGGAGGAGCAACAAGCGCGCGAUGCGAAGUAUGCAAUGCGAUUGGCAGAUUUGCGAACGUGUCUUUCCUUUAUUGACGAGGCGUUUCUUAAAGUGGAGGAAUUAAAACGCGGAGAGGACGUCAUAGAGAAAUGGAAAAAAUAUUUGCUUUGUGAUGGUCUACCCAAGCCCUAUAUGCCGCCAGCAGUGCGUUUGUUCUUUGAGAAAUUGCAGCAUUUCGAUCGUUUGAAUACUGAGAAAACCAUUGAUUGGCUCUUGUCGGUUGAUGAGCGCAGCGUUUUGUCACAGGAUAUAUAUAGCAAAGAUAUGACGCGCAGGGCAUUGGUCAAAGAAUUGCGUCCCAAUUUCGGAGAUGAGUACAAAACUAACAUCGAUUUACUAUUAAAAGUUGUAAAGAGCAUUGAGUAUUAUGGAGACGAUGAUGCGAAAACCGCUAAAGCACCGCUACGCCUUUUGCGCGAUAUAUUGGAGCAAAAAAGAGCGGCCUAUGAAGAAAUCGAGCACUAUUUCGAUCAUUAUGCAUAUCGCAUAUUAUCAUCCGAAGAUUCCUAUAUGGAUUCUGUAAAUGCCACUACAGCUGAAUAUUUUUAUGAAUGCGAGAACUUUGGUAUACACAUUUGGACGUUAAAAAAUGUGCCUAUACUCUUUCAAUUCCUAGACUUACCAUGUGUUGAGGCAAAUUUACAUAAACUUCAAGUUAAGAUUAUUUUACCGUAUUCUAUACUAAAAGAAAACCUUACCAUAAGAGCCAUACACUUCUUAUUCGAUCCGUUUAGUGAGAACGCUAAGAGCUUUAAGCAAGACAUUAAAGACGUUGUGGAAGACUUGACAGCUGGCAUACCGGAUUUACACGAAUGCUUGGUGCAUGAACAUUUUCUACAAGUGGACUUGCAGAAUCAAGUGCGGACGAAAUUGAUGGAGAGACGCGCCGACUAUGAGAGCAAAGUGCACGCGCUGAAUGAACAACUGGAAAGUUUAAAGAAAGCCAAGUCCGCAGAUGAUGACAAAAAGAAGGAGCCAAAACUGAUUAAACUGCCAAAGGAACCGCCUGUAAUCAGCGAAAAUACAUUUCCGGAUGUCUGGGAUGACUUUUUGCAAUUGGAAAAUGAGCGUUACAACAGUUUCAUUAACAAUAUUUAUAAUCCAGAAUCCUUGCAGUUGGAAACCGAUGAGAUUAAUUUGAAGAAAUAUACCAUACUCGGCGGCAUAUAUCAAUUACAUUUUGUUAAGAAGCCUGUACAUUAUAAUUUCAACGAUUUCAAUAUGACAUGGCAUGAGAAUAACGGUGAAUUACUAAUUAUUAAAGACGUUAUUGCUGAGGAAGUGCUACCGCCAGUUACUUCACGUAUCUCACUACAUUCUAGUACAUCAAUAUUACGCACGUCAGCAUUAUCUCGGCGUAGCAUAGCACGUCUAACGGCGGCCGAGUUGAGUCAACUCUUUAUUACACCGCCACAAAAUUGUGAUAGUCCGAAUUUCGUGGUAACAAUUGAAUUGCCUGAAUAUUUAUGCUUAUGGGGUGAGCCUUUGGCAUGCCAUUACGAAGAUAAUUUAGUAGGUUACGAAACGGAGAAAUUGUCCAGUGAAAAUAUACAGAGUAUAACGCCAUCUAUACCAAUUGAUGAGCAGAAUAAGGUGUUGUCUAAGGAUCGUGGUAGCACCACGUUUACUUACCCUUCUGUGGACCUUUCAUAUACGCCGCGACAAUCGACAUCGAAUCUUUCUGUGCGCACGAAACGCUCAUUUUCGAACAUAUUCCGUCCAUCAAUAGCGUCGCUGGUCACUUUUAUAUCGCAGCAAACGCCGAUGCAUCAAGCAAUGACUUUUCCCACAGUUGAAGACUUUGUUUUGGAUUUGCCUUUAAGUCUUGUACAAAUACGGAAUAUACAACGUUAUUGCCUGCCACGUAUUAUAUCGUCCUUCAAGUUCCCCGUCGAAUUGCAGGACGAAGCCAACGAGGAGCAACGUGGCAAACCGAAGAAAGGCGGUAUUUUGAUGCGUAAGCGUCCCUCCGAAGACAGUGAACAAUUGGAAGCAGUUAAGGAAUUUCAGUAUGAUGGUCAAAAUAAUCCUGAGCGCAUAUUCCCCAAUUUACCACGCCUCGAAAAGAUACACAUGGAUUAUGUAAUUCAUGACAAGGACAGUGAUACUUUGACCGCUACAGGUACAAAGCAUCCAGUAAGUUUCUCCGAUUUGGUGCAAACACUGGACAAAAUCCGGGCGUCUUAUCAGAGCAGCUAUAAAAAAACACUUCAAGUGGCCGAUCGGAAAAUGAACGCGAUUUUAUUUAAGGAUCAUAAGAGGAAAAUGAAAAAUAUCAAGUCAGAAGAGUCAUUUGCUAAAACACCAGUGACAUCACAGUCCAUGGCAAGCUUACAAAUGGCAAAGCAUAAAUUGCUUAAGCGUAAAACACGCACAAGCGAUUUGGAUAUACUAAAGGGUAAAGAACCAAAGGAGCGUGUACGGACGGAAACUAUCGUGAAGCCGGAAAUUGAGAGGGAGUCGGAAAAAGAUUUGGAGAAAGAAGACGAGAAGGAAGAAAGGGAAGAGGAAGAGCUAUCGAAAGAAGCAGAGGAAAUGCCAGAACCUGAAAAGGAAAUUAAACAAAAAGCAUUUCACUUUUCACACUGGACAACUAAAUACAUCAAUAAGACACAGUAUGAAAAAGAGAAACAUAAAAUCACCAUUUGGACUGAUAGAUUGGGUACAAUUGGUUUGGCGUACAAGUUAUACGAGCACUUUCCCUUUAAAGAUUGGAGAGUUGAACCAGACAUGGAGAAUGAGGGCGAAGUAAUUUUUACACUGGAGACCCAAUAUGUUAGAUGUGUGAUUAAUAUUUCAGCUGCUGGCUAUCGCGGGUAUGUAACAGAGCCCACGAAAGGUUAUGUUCGUCAUCGUAAAAUCUAUAUGGACAUAAAAGAACCGAUAACAGAUUUUAAGGAAUUGAAGAAGCAUUUUCAUGACCGUUUCUUGAAUAUUUUUUCCAAUCACGAUGCUCGUUUUUAUAUAGAAAAUGGUUACUUUUCAGAAAAGCAUUUAGCUUGUGAAUUACACACCUACUCUUGCAUAGCGUUACACUGUUUGAUGUUGAAAUUUGCACGAUCUGAUUGGAAUCGUUUGGCAAACCGUCGUGAUAUUGUAUUAAACUUCGGACAUUGUCGUGAUCCACAAGAAAAUAUGAUGCAAGUGCAUAUAACUCCGGAGAAUGCCACCUUUGUGGAUAUAAAGGAGUUGUGUUCGGAUAAUUUGGAUGUAUUUUUAUUGGACUACACACUGACCUGGCGCAAUAUAGAUAGUUAUUGUGACUUCCAUCACCUCAUUAUGUCUGCAUUUCUUUCCGCACUCGACAAUCGCUGCAAAGAUCCGAAACUCUUGGUAAAUGUUAAAAAUUUACUCUACGAAAUACGUCCGCUAAGCUAUUCAUAAAUUAAUUCCCAGAAAUAAAGCGUUUAUAUAAAUUUUAA